GGGUUUCAACUAAAAUACAAAAGCUACCAUCAUUUCUCUUUCAGCUUCAUUUCACAACAGCCACCCUGCGUUUCCCUCAACUUCAUCCUUUCAUCCUCUUCCUCUUCAUCUAUCCAUGGACACAGCUCAGUGGCCACAGGAGAUCGUGGUGAAACCAAUAGAAGAUAUAGUAGUGACAAAUACAUGUCCAAAGCCUGCAAGUGCUGUGGAGAGAAAGCCAAGGCCACAGAAAGAACAAGCUCUAAACUGUCCAAGGUGUCAUUCAAUCAACACUAAGUUCUGCUACUACAAUAACUAUAGCCUCACACAGCCUCGGUAUUUCUGCAAGACUUGUAGAAGGUAUUGGACUGAAGGUGGGUCCCUCAGAAACAUUCCUGUAGGAGGUGGCUCAAGGAAGAACAAAAGAUCUUCCGCUUCUUGUUCCUCACCUAGUAAUAAUUCAACCAAUAAGAAGCUUCCUGAUCUGGUUAUCACACCUCCAAGUUUGUCACAUACCACUUGCACUCAAAACCCUAAGAAUAUUAUUCAUGAUGGCCAAGAUCUUAAUUUGGCUUUCCCAGCCACCACCACUACCACCCCAGAUUUUAGAAACAUAUCUGAAUUGGUUCAACAAAAUAACAACAACAACAUGUCAGCUUCAGCAUCUAAUUCUUCAACAACAACAACUACUACUACUACUACUACUACUACAAGUGCUACUACAGCUUCAACUUCUCACCUUUCCGCAUUGGAGCUUCUUACAGGGAUCACUUCUGGUUCAAGGGGUAUGAAUUCCUUCAUACCUGUACCGGUUCCAGCUGAUCCAAAUUCUGUUUACACUUGCGGGUUUCCUUUGCAAGAUUUUAAGUCCACCCUGAAUUUCUCUUUAGACGGAAUUGGAAACGGGUAUGCAAGUCUUCAGAAUGUUCAAGAGACAAGUGGGAGGCUUUUGUUUCCGUUUGAGGAUUUAAAACAGGUAGCUAACACCACCACUACAAUGGAUCAGAAUAAUAAGGAGCAACAAGGAGAUUCUUCAACUGGGUAUUGGACUGGAAUGUUAGGAGGAGGAGGAUCAUGGUAAUUCGAGCAAGUCAUAACUAUUUUCAUACUCUUGCUUUCUAUUAAUAUUCUCGCAGUUUCCGUUCGAACUUUUUUUCUGGUUUUGAUGAGUUCCUUCAGAUCAUGGGGGACUCACUUCACUUGUUUGGAUUUCUUCAUAACUGGCUAACAGCUGAUAGGAUUGAUCCAUACAUGGGUUUCUUUUCUCUUCUGUCAAUUUGUCGUGUAUCUAGCUCCUCUUCUCUUCAUGACCAAGGUGGGAUUUUGAAAUGAAGCUUAUUUUAGGCAGGCUUCAGUAGUACUCAGAAAAUUAAACAAGGGUUACACUACAUAUUUGAUUAUGUGUGUUAACAUAUAUAGAACAGAUCAAUAUUAACCCCAUUUUUUUAGGGUUGACAAGUAGCUAGAAGGGGAGGCUUGGUAAAUUAAGUAUUGCCCUUUUUAUAUUUCAUGUGAUUUCUUCUAUCACAGAAGCAGGGCAACCCACAAUACGUUGUUCCAUCCAUCAUCGACUGGUUUGAUUGUCUAGGUUAUUACUCAAUUCGAAAAAAUUGUAUCAUGUACAAGAAUAUAUAUAUAUUAUAUGAAUGAACUGGUAUGUUAAUUAUGUUACAACUUACGAAUGCAGAUUGCAAAUAUUAAAGCUGUGAGUAUCUAUAUAUGUGAUGCUUUACCUUGUUUUAUCUU